GAUGUUUCAAAGCGGGAGAAUCUGUCGAUACGUUGCACUAAUCGUCCUUCUCGGCAUCAAUGGAGACGCUGAGGAUCCCCUGUUCCACUGUCUGAGUGACCCUGAUUAUGAUGAGCUGUUGGCCAUUACAAAGCAUGGCCUGCCCCCCACUCAGACCCCUCGCCAUGUGGCUGUAAUCGGAGCAGGUGUGGCUGGACUGACUGCAGCAAAGUUUUUGGAGGAUGCUGGACAUAAGGUGACACUCAUUGAGGCAAGUCCUCGUAUAGGCGGAAGAGUGGAGACUUACAGGAAUGCCACUGAGGGCUGGUAUGCAGAGAUGGGAGCCAUGAGGAUCCCAAGCAUGCACAGAAUCCUUAUGGCGCUUGUGGGAAAAUGGGGCCUUCCACUGAACAGGUUUAUUGAAGAGGACAUAAACACAUUUUAUUUUGUUAAUGGGCUGCUUGAAAGAGCCUACAAAGUGCUCCACAACCCAGAUGUGCUAAUGUACCCUGUAGAUCAGAGUGAGUGUGGGAAAUCAGCUGAACAACUCUUUACUCAGGCACUACAGAAGAUUAGAGACGAAGUGAAAAUAAAAGGUUGCAAAGCAACACUGGAGAAAUACGAUUCAUUUUCUGUAAAGGAAUACCUGGUGAAAGAAACUAACCUAAGCCGUGGAGCUCUGCGCAUGAUCGGAGACAUCCUCGACGAGAGCAGCUUUUUCUAUACGGCUCUGAUAGAGGCUCUGUACCUGCAGUCUGAUAUACGAGAUAAGAUUGAGUAUUACGAAUUUCCUGGUGGUUUCGACACAUUCCCCAAUGCAUUUUAUGACGUUCUCAACUGCCCAAUUCUUCUUAACUCCAAGGUCAAACGGAUAACCCAAUCAGACAGUCGUGUUACUGUGCACUAUCAAGACGGGCGCUACCCCUCCUCUCUGUCCCAUAUCACUGCUGAUUAUGUCCUCAUCACUGCUACGGCUAAGGCCACUCUGUUCAUAGAGUUUGAGCCUCGGCUGUCGGACAUUAAGAUGGAGGCCCUGCGCUCCGUGCACUACUCAGCCUCUACCAAGGUGGUGCUCAGCUUCAGUGAGAAGUUCUGGGAAAAGGACGGAAUCAAAGGCGGAAGGACGGUGACGGACCGGCCCUCUCGCUUCAUCUACUACCCCAGCCAUGGGUUCUCUGGGAAGGGUGGGGCGUUGCUGGCCUCCUACACCUACUCCGAUGACGCCGCUCUCUUCAAUGGGGUUAGGGAUGACGACCUGAUGCUGCUGAUGCUUGAUGACUUGGUCAAGAUCCACGGGGAGGGCAUCCGGUGCUUGUGGACAGGGGGUGUGGUGAAGAAGUGGGAUCUUGAUCCAUACAGCUUGGGGGCCUUUGCCAUUUUCACGCCCUAUCAGAAAACAGACUACGCCUCCGCUUUGUUCCAGAGCGAGAACCGAAUUCACUUUGCAGGCGAGCACACGGCUCUGCCUCAUGGGUGGAUUGAGACAUCAAUUAAGUCUGCCCUCAGGGCUGCUAAAAACAUUAAUAUGCUCGCUGUGAAACGGACAUGAUCCACUGAUGCUCGCUGUGAAAGGGACAUGAUCCACAGCAGGGUCAUUGAGUGGUGCUGCCCAGAGGUGUUGCUGGAAUGACCUGUAAUGGUGUAGUUUUGAAACUUUUGAUUUGUGAAGGAUGAUUGGAAGAUUUGCUCAUUGAAACUUUGAUACUCCAUUUGUGCCUUUAGUGUCAGGCUGUGGAAUGGUUGGCCAGACGUAGCCAAAAUCUUAGAGAUCUCAAAAGAUGAUUCAUGUCCAAGUCACUGUGCCGCAGUAGUUCAGCAUUUGUGAGGUGAAAUUAGUGGUUGGGUGGCAAAUGCGGAUGAUGCGCUGGGAUGGUGGCAUGUCUCAUUGUUUGUGUGACCAGCAUUGCUUUUAUACGGUUGUGUAUCAGAGAUGUUAUUACAUCCAAUGUCUUGUGUAUUUAACUGUCUGUGUAGGACAGGCCUUAUUGUAAGUAUUGUGAUAAUUAUGUUAUUGCGUUCUGCAAACUAACUUUGCAUUCUAUUAGACAUCAAAGCACAAAUCAGAAUGAACUGAAUUGCUCUUUGAUAA